AUGUACAUACCUGAGCUUGAUGCUCUUAUCUUCCUGGCUACAGAGUUUUUAGAGGGAGGUGCCGAUCGGCCGAUUCUCGCAACAGGCAUAAGAGCAUUGCAUGAAGCAGCAGCUUUAGUUAGCAACAAUGGUGUGCAAGCAACAGUGGGGUUUGUACAGGAAUACCUUUCGCUCCUGGUCAUUCAGCAAAACGCAGCAGGCUUCCUGAAAGACUUGCCAGGAGAGACUUAUCUUCAGCAGCUGACACCUGAGUAUAUUGAUGAUUUGCUACCUGUGAUCUGGGAAGCAUUGGGCGGUGGUGAUGACAUUGCUUUUGUGACAGUUGGUCUUUUGCUGGCCUUUGUCUGUCAGGCGGAGUUUGAUGCCACAGCAGCCUUUGUGUUCUGGAUGCUGGACAAGUGA